CGGUGUGUUUGAAUAUGUUUGUUCUGAGCAGGUUGGUCUUGCUGUGGAAUCACCCUCAUUUUCAAUCCACUGUCCGAAUAUUCGAACAAAUACUAUCCACCAAUAGGUUGUCCUACGUUAUGAUAUGAACAUGAAACGACUCAAAAGAUGGGAUUUAGAUGCAGCUGCUGCUCGUGUACGUCAAAUACCACAACCUUAUCAGGCUACACUAAAAGGUCCAACAAGUGUUAGAAAAAUAUUCCGUAAACAAGAAGAUGCUAUUAACUUUGCCAAACAGUUCGGUCAGGAAAUGAUGGUCUUCAGUUAUGAAAGCUUAUCCCUUGGGAAUGAAGGUCAACGUUCAUUUUUAGCAUGUGGAAUCCAGUCGUUCUUUUACACGUACAAGCAAACGGCGCCUUCUUCUCGUUGUCAUUAUGAGGUAAUUAUGGUAGACAGACCAGCUAAAUUAUAUUUGGAUAUAGAAUUUUGUAGGUUAUCUAAUCAAAAUAAAGAUGGAGAAGUAGCUGUUAAUACAUUUCUAAAGGCUUUGUGUGCCUGUAUUCGAUUCUUCUAUGAUGUAACUAUUGAACCCAGUGAAAUAUUUAUAUUGGAUGCAAGCACUUCCAAGAAAUUUAGUCAACAUGUCAUAAUCAACAGUAAAAAUCUUGUAUUUCGAAGCAAUUUAGAACAAGGUCAGCUGAUUCGUAUACUUUGUAAAAGUUUGUCACAAUAUAGUUUAUUAAAUACUGAUUUCCUAUACACAAAUGAAUGUUCACAUUGUUCAAAUCAAAUUAAUCGUCUUAUACGAGGUAUAUUUCCCGAGGUUCAAUUAACUAGUAACGAUGCCAAAAAUUGUUUUGCUUUACCUAAAUUAAAACAAUCUACUUCAUCAUCAAGUGAAUUAUGGACAAGCGUGUGUGAUUUAGGCGUCUAUACACGUAAUCGUAAUUUCCGUCUGGCUGGGUCAUGUAAAUUAUCCGGUAGUGGAUUAUUAUUACCAAAUUAUGUAGUCAAUAAGAAUGAAAUAUUUUCAUGUAUAUGGUCAAAUUGGCAAUCUUGGGCACGGACUCUUGUUACCUAUAUUGAUGAACAAUGUUCAAAUUUUAUUUAUCGACCGGUGGAAAAUUGUUGCUGUAGUAAAACUGAUAACACUUUACCCACUUAUUUACCCACUAAUAAUGACAUCACUAAUUCUGAUAAUGUACAUAAAGUUCUUAACGAAAAUGACGCCAAUAUUUGUCUUCAGUCAUUACCAUUAAAAUUAAUUGUUUUCAUAAGGAAAAUUAUCCGAGAAUGGUUUAAUCGUGGAUUAUCUGAUGAAAAAACCAGUAAUGUGUUGUACAAUUUUGAGAAUCAAAUCAAAAUUAUUUCUUUCAAUAAAGGCAAGUUAGCUAUGAAAGUGGAGAAACUGCGUUUCUGUGAAAGAGUCAAUCGUUCCCAUAAAAGUAAUCAUAUUAUUCUAGUCUUUGAUCUUAUCAAUGGUUGUUAUUAUCAGAAAUGCUUAGAUCCUGACUGUCGACUGGUGGAUUUUCGUUCAUCUAGUAUGCCAAUACCUGCCGACUGUCUCAAUGUUCCUUUUGUAUGUAACGAAGAUGAAUGUGUGUUGAGUGAAAGCAAUCUAACUAAUAAAGUUGAAUAUUUCAGUGCUUUUGUAACACCUGAAGAUUUAAUGCUCGCUUCUAUACUGGAUGGUUUUCAAAAUUAAUACAGUUUGUUCAAAGACAACACAUGAUUUUUUUAUAUUUAAUAUGAACCAUGCAUUUUACUUAUUAAAACGUGCGAUAACAAACCAUUUUCAGGGCGUUUAUUAAACAACUAACUCGGUCAUGAUGGAUAUCUCUUCGUCUUGAUUUGAUGAAUUCAACACUUCUGGCUUUCAAGUAUUUAUAAAGUUGGAAAUGUAGUUGGCUUUUCUAAAUAGCACCUUAACCAACAGUUUAUAUCCCAUAUGUUACUUUCUAUGUUUUCCAAAAAAUUAAUUAUACAUUUUAAACAGGUUUAGUUUAUUUUUGUGAAUUAAUAAUAAAACACUUAUUUAUAUAACUUUGUUUUUAUUACUGAAAGUCGAACUUAUUUCGUAUACGGUAUAAAUGUCUA